CCCAAAACAGUUGAAAUUAUCGGAAGUAGGAAAACUGUAAAAUCUUAGUCAAACAGAAUUUGAUAAGGCUAACCUAGAAUUCAUUAUAAAUACUGUGUCACCUUUUUCUUUGAUUGAGCACCCUGCAUUUAUAAAAUAUUGUCACUUAACAUCGAAUAAAGUUCCUAUGUCCCGAAGAAGUUUGAUGAGAAAUGUAAGCUUAUUGUUCAAUGAUAUGAUUCAACAACUGAAGACUGAACUAGAAAAAAUUGAAUAUGUUUGCAUUACUGCAGAUUGUUGGAGUAUUUUUCACAGAUCGUAUAUGGGUUUUACAAUUCAUUGGCUAAACCCAAUUACAUUGGAACGUAAUUCCUGCGCCCUAGCUUGUAGGCGUAUGUUAGGGAGGCAUACAUACGAUAAUAUAGCAGAAAUAAUUGAAAAAGUUCUUACAGAGUUUGACAUACAGUCUAAAACCACUCUAAUUGUCACAGAUAACGCAGCAAAUUUUGUUAAAGCUUUCAAAGUGUUUGGUGCUAAUAAUGAAAUUGACAAUAGUGGUUAUAAUAUUGAAAUGUGUGAAAUUGAAAUUGAAAAUGAUGAAACAUUGAGAACCAUAAAUAUCACUGAAAUACUUGAUGGUCAAACUCAAAAUACUCAAAACACAAAUGAUGUAUUAGAUAUAAAAUUGCCAAAACAUCAAAGAUGUGCUGCGCACACGUUAAAUUUAAUUGCAACAGUUGAUAUUCUAGAAGCAGAAAAAGAUGGUUCAUAUAAAGUACUUAGUAGACGUGUGUUUGCUAAAUGUCAAUCUGUUUUCAAUAAGCAGAAUCAAUCGACACAGUGUGCUGAUAAAAUUAAAGAAAUUCUGGGAAGAUAUCUUAUAACACCAAACGCUACCAGAUGGAAUUCGUUCUACGAUGCCAUAAAAUAUAUUGUUGACCAUAUAGAUAAAAUGGAUACAAUAUUCUCAGCAUUUCAAUUAACUCCUUUCUCAGGUCAAAGAGAGUCUUCAUUUUUAAUUGAAUACUGCAAGGUGAUGAAACCAAUUGCAACAGGGCUAGAUGUUUUACAAGGUGAACAACAUGUGUGUAUUGGAUAUCUAUUACCAACAAUUACAGCUAUAAACAAAGCCUUAAAUGAAUUUAAUAAUUUAAAUUUCUGUAGACCAUUGGUUCAUGCUUUAAAAAAUGGAUUAACCAAAAGGUUUAAAAAUUACAUGCAGUCAAAAACAUUACAAGUUUCUUCGGCAUUGGUACCAAAGUUUAAAUUAAUUUGGGCUAAUCCCGAAGACAGAAACAUCAUAAAACAACAUGUUAUUGAUCGUGUGCAAUUUCAUUUUGAUCAAAACAAAAAUCUUUCUUCUCUAAGUUCUUCAAAUCUUGAAACAAGCAGUGAAGAAGAAGAUGAUUUUUUCAGUUUUUCCAAUGAUGAAAUAUCAGUUAUUAACUCUGAUUUCCAAACUUUAGUUACUAAUUAUUUAUCAAAUACUAACAUUAAGGUACCACUUGAUUUAACACUUGAAUUAAAAAAAGCUUAUAUAGAAUUUAAUACAGCUAUACCGUCAUCUGCACCUGUAGAGAGAUUGUUUAGUGCUGGUGGUCAAUUAUUUGACAAAAGGAGAGGAUCCAUUUCUGAUAACAAUUUUGAAAUGUCUCUUUUGUUAAAAUAUAAUAAAUAUUUUAAAUAAAAUAAUAA